AUGUAUGAUGUACUUAAAAAUAAAUCUCCUUUACCCGGAACUCCCGUAGAAUCCUUUGAAAAUAGAGAUCGAGUUAUUAGAAAAGUUAGAGAAUUAUGUGGAUGGAAUCGCCCAUCGUUUCCUGGAUCACAACCUACUUCUCUUUGCAGAGAAUCAAUUUCACUGCUGUUGAGGAACGAUUAUGUAGUAUGUGAAAAGUCAGAUGGAGUGAGAGCUCUCCUGUUAUCUGCCUCAGGAUCUAUAUUUUUGAUAGGAAGGUUGGAGGAAGUCCAUGAAAUUAAGAUGAAAUUACCUGUUCGGGGGAAUUUGUCACAAUCUCAACAGUUGACAUUGCUGGACGGAGAAGUUGUUAUGGAUAAAAACCCUGAAGACAAUUCUGUUUCUUAUAGAUACCUUUGUUACGAUGGGAUUUGCAUACAAAGGAAACCUUUGAAUAAGAUGAAUCUCUUACAGAGACUAUCGUUUGUUUAUACUCAUGUUAUCGUACCUUUGAAAAUGGCUGGGAUAUAUUCUUCUGCACCUAAUAAACAACUAGGUGAUACUGAUAACUCCGAUCCAUCCGAUAAACUUGAAAUUUACCUAAAAGACUUCUUCGACAUCACUCAAAUUAAACAUAUAAACAACAUAUCAGUAAAAUUGCCACACAUAUCAGAUGGGUUGAUAUUUACUCCAGUUAACACACCGUACACUCCAGGAACAUGUAAAUCGCUACUUAAGUGGAAACCACCUCAUCUUAAUACAGUAAGAUUCAAUAAUUUCACGGUUGUUAGGUUGAUUUCGGCGUCGACGCCGAGAUUAGUUCAGCUUUUUGUAUCUGAUUCAGGCACAAGGGUAUUCUAUAACGAAUUUUUGGCACCAUACGGAGAUGUGUACAAGAAAAUAAUGGAAGUAGCUUUGACCGAUCAAAUAACUCAGAUCAUAGUAGAGUGUUCAUGGAUAACGGAUUCUAGAAUUUAUACAUUUAUACCAAAUUUGAGAAACCCUAAAGCUGACAUUAAGCAAAGAUCAACACAGAGUUUAACUGAGGGGAAAAUCGAUUAUGAUUUUGAUAACGGAACAUGGAUAGAAGGAGGAUGGUAUGCAGAUAGGAUAAGAGAGGACAAAAACGUGCCAAACCACAUCUCGGUGGUGAAAAGUGUUAAGUCUAGCAUAGAAGACGACAUAACCUUUGAAAUGUUGGUUGAUGAGGUUGAAAUAUUCAAGAAAAAUGGAAAAAUGCCAUUGUAUAAAAAGAGCUUCUUACCACAAAAGUACGAAGUUUUUUAG